CGUAAUUACAACCUCACGGUCACUGAGGCCAGGCGCCCUUUGUUACUACUGUCUGCGAUGAGCAACAAAGAUUUCUUCACCAGCGUACCGUUCUCUGGUCAACAGGGAAGAGGACAUUCAACAGAUCAAGAGAAUGUCGCUUCAUUUGCUCAUGCUAUCGCAGCACGCUUCGGAUCCGCUGAUCUUCUCACCGCACGUAUUCUCCCCGACGAACAACAAUCACUUCCACAAAAUUUCAUUUUACCACCUAAACCAAUUCUUCCACCCCCCUCGAAACCUGUAUCGUUGUCGUCGUCAUCAUCCACCUUCAUACCAACCCCUCCACUUCUCAUCCUCGAUAUCCGCCCACAUGCCGCUCAUACCGCCGCCCGUAUUCACCGAGCCCUCUCCCUUAGCAUACCAAGUACUCUCAUCAAGCGCCCUCUCUUUGGUCUCUCCAAACUGAUUCAAAUGCUCCCUUCCUCAUCUGCGCGCGCAAGAUUCGCAGCAUGGCCAACCGCAAAACAUAUAUUGGUAUAUGACGCUGAUUCUGUCCUCGUUCCCGACACCAGUAAUAUUGCUGGUCUGUUCAGAAAAUUUCGCGCAGAGGGUUUCACAGGCGAACUUGCCUGGGUGAAAGGCGGUUUUCAGGCUGUGUGGCGAGAUGCACGUCACUGCGCCACAACCGAUCACCCUAGUCCAGACGAGGACGAUCCAGAAGGCACUCCCUCCUCUGGAGCAUUGCGCACAAAACAUCUUCCAAAGGCCGCCUUUUCGCUUUCAACGACAACAGCUGCAAACGCAGCUUCGGGUACACCGGCAAUCGCAAAUGCUGCUAACCCUUUCUUCGAUACCAUCCGCCAGAACUUGGAACUCAGUCAGGGAAUAACGGAACGUAUCCCCCUCCGUCUUCCCAGGCGUGUACGAAGACGCACCAAAGACCUCCCAUUUCGUUGGCUUCAAGAUAUCGCUGGUCGUUCUGCCAUUCGUCCCUCUCGCUCUUCUCCAUUUCCAGGGGAAACCAGUGUAGAGAGCGGCAGCGAGAGUUCUGAUGAUCCACAUGAAUCUGAGCCAGACUCGAAUGACCCUGACGUUGAGGAAGGCGCUGAAACUCUUGCCAUGCAGUUUUACCGCAUAGAAUUGGCAGAGCAAAGGCGUCUGAGAAGCGUCAUGGAGCACCAUGCACGGGAAAGCGAGGUCAGCGCGUAUGCUGCUGCUGGUCAAGCCUAUACAGUGGGUGAGGCCGGGCAGGGUAUCAUCGGUGUCGGUGCACGUUCUGCUACUGCAGCAGGCGCAAAGACCCUUCCUUCCACCCCCGUUCAAGGUGCAUUUCCAUUUAGUAUUACGGCAGGCGUCGAGAAAGGAGCCAAGAAUAGGUGAGCCUUUUUAUUCUUAUUGUCGUGUUUGUUUCGAUGUCGUUUGGCUUCUUCAUGGUUGUAUACCCCACGAUGUUUUGACCCCUCAUUGCGUCACUGGUGUGACAUGGCACACCUGACCAAUGUGGGGCUCCACACGUCGUCAUCUGAUGUCUUAAACGUUUCGUUUAACUCUUUCGUGUGCCAAAGCCGCUCUGCCAAGCUCCUGCUAAUUUAUGAUCCGACGAUCUUGGAUGGGUUUUCUUGAUGGUAUUAGUGAUUUUGCGCCUGUCAUCGUAGUCAUCGUGCAUUUUUUUGUAUUUAAAAAUUUACUUACAUUAACACGACGUCUUUCCUCCGCACGUCCUAUCAAAACCCCAACCCAAACUCAUUCCGUUUCUUCAGGUACAACCAUAUAUGGCCCUU